AUGUACGUCAAACGACACGAAUACUUCCGCUGGACCCCUCGCACCGCAUGGUUGACCUUCACCUACGUCGUCGCCGUGCCGGCUGCUUUCAUCUACAUGGGCUGGACGACAGACGUAGGUACUCUGUUAGCUUCCAGAUAUGACGGGUCCUAACUCGUACGAAUACAGGGCAAAUACGAUAUGCGCGGAAAGCUAAAGGGCGACACCAUUGCGGAAUUCUAA